GGGCGCCCGGGCCGGCGGCGGCGGCGCCCAUGGACGCUAACCGCCCGGGCGCGUUCGUGCUGAGCAGCGCGCCGCUGGCCGCGCUGCACAACAUGGCCGAGAUGAAGACGUCGCUGUUCCCGUACGCGCUGCAAGGUCCGGCCGGCUUCAAGGCGCCCGCGCUGGGCGGCCUGGGCGCGCAGCUGCCUCUCGGCACCCCGCACGGCAUCAGCGACAUCCUGGGGCGGCCCGUGGGCGCGGCGGGAGGCGGCCUCCUGGGCGGCCUGCCACGUCUCAACGGGCUCGCCUCGUCGGCCGGCGUCUACUUCGGGCCCGCAGCCGCCGUGGCGCGCGGCUACCCCAAGCCGCUGGCCGAGCUGCCGGGGCGCCCGCCCAUCUUCUGGCCUGGCGUGGUGCAGGGCUCACCCUGGAGGGACCCGCGCCUGGCCGGCCCGGCCCAGGCCGGCGGAGUCCUGGACAAGGACGGCAAGAAGAAGCACUCAAGGCCGACCUUCUCGGGCCAGCAGAUCUUCGCGCUGGAGAAGACCUUCGAACAGACCAAAUACCUGGCGGGCCCGGAGCGCGCGCGCCUCGCCUACUCCCUGGGCAUGACCGAAAGCCAAGUCAAGGUGUGGUUCCAGAACCGCCGGACCAAGUGGCGCAAGCGGCACGCGGCGGAGAUGGCGUCGGCAAAGAAGAAGCAGGACUCGGACGCCGAGAAGCUGAAGGCGGGCGGCUCCGACGCGGAGGACGACGACGAGUACAACCGGCCCCUGGACCCCAACUCGGACGACGAGAAGAUCACGCGGCUGCUCAAGAAGCACAAACCCUCGAACUUGGCGCUAGUCAGCCCGUGCGGCGGCGGCGCGGCGGACGCCUUGUGAGGCCGCGCGCAACGCCGGAGCGACCCGGGUUGGGGCGCGACCGGCGCCCCCCAGCCGGAUGUGUAUAUAUAUUUUUACAGAAUAAGUUAUAAAGCGGCCCGGCGUGGGCUCGUCCUGGGCGAAUCACUUUGUAUCAUCAAUAAAUUAUUUAACACGUC